CGCGUGUUUCUAGCAUCAACGCUAACACCCUUACAAAUUAAAUAACUAACGAUUUUAACAGUCAUCGGAAAGUACCGUAGUGAACAGAAAACAGAGAUAUGGCAUAAAUUUUGUGCGCGUAAUUCUAUUUCCUGACCUGCAACAGCACAGCAAUCCGUCAAUGGAAGCCCAAGGCGCCGAUGAUUCAGUUGAACAGCCCCAAAAUUGUGAUCUUAAUAAUGUUCCGAGAGAAGAUUUCGGGAAAAUGCUUCAUGGGUGCGAGCAUUAUAGGAGAAGAUGCAAAAUAAGAGCUCCUUGUUGCGAUCAGGUUUUCACUUGCCGUCACUGUCACAACGAAGCGACGAGUGCUUUGAGUGAUCCAAAACAGAGACAUGAGGUUGUUCGUCAGGAUGUUGAGCAAGUUGUUUGUGCCGUAUGCAAUACAGAACAACAGGUUUCCAAUCUCUGUUCGAAUUGCGGCAUCAAGUUUGGAGAGUACUUCUGCGGUAUAUGCAAAUUCUAUGACGAUGAUAUCACUAAAGAGCAGUUCCAUUGCAACGACUGCAGUAUUUGUAGAGUUGGUGGUCGGGAAAACUUCUUUCACUGCCCAAAGUGUGGAUCUUGCUAUUCAGUAGGUUUACGCAACAAUCACUUGUGUGUAGAGGAUUCAAUGAAAAGCCAUUGCCCCAUCUGUUAUGAGUUUCUUUUUGACUCAACCAAACAAACAACGAUUCUUAAGUGUGGGCAUACGAUGCAUGUCGAGUGUUACGAGGAGAUGUUCAACCAAAACCAGUACCGUUGUCCAAUCUGCUCCAAGUCAGUAUUGAAUAUGGCUAGAACAUGGGAAAGAUUAGAUGUGGAGAUCGAAGCUACUGCAAUGCCUGAGGAAUACCGAUACGAAGUUCAAAUACUGUGCAAUGAUUGCAACAAAUCCAGCAAGGCAUCUUUUCACAUUUUUGGGCACAAGUGUCAGCUCUGUAAUUCUUACAACACCCGCGUUAUAACAAGUGGGGAGAAUCAUCAAACAUAGCCGAACAGGUAUCUGUAAUGCAAUGUAUCACAGUAAGCACAUUUCUUGACUUGAUUUGAAGAAUUCAUUACCAUUUCGAGAAACUUUCUUUGUUUGUCUUUUUAAUGAUGUUCACCAACAACUACUGUUUUUUUUCGUCAAUAGUGCCAAUUAUUGUAGCCCACCGUGAAAUAGGAAAUAUUUGGUUUACGGAGAAAUUUGCAAUAGUUACUUUACACCGAUACUUUUGGGGGUCUUCCCUAGUUCUCUGUUAA